UUGGUGCGCCGUUCUGCAGGAGGGAGUUCUCUUCGACGCGAACAUCGAGCUUGCGACUUGGCACUGGUGGGCACUUGGGCGCCUUUCUUGCGCUGUGCGCAGCUUCCCAUCUUUGCCAUUGGUCAUGCAGCACAAGUUUCCGAAGUGGCAUCAGGAAAAUCAAGAGGGGCCUUCAGGUGGUCUCUCAGAGACAGGGCGUUUGUUGAAAUCAUUGUGCUCCUGCUUCUAGUCCGAUUUGUUGUGACGGUGGUUGUCAGCAAAGCAACCUGAGCAGGGGACAUCUGCAUUCAUAAGUUUCGGGUUUCAAGUGGCCGUUCCUUCUGACCAGAUCGGGUUGGGGUUGCAGCAAUUGGUGAAUUGCUAGAGAGGAAUUUUUUGGGGCCAACGAGUGCUUUGGUUGGUGCAGAAUGAGAAACGUGUAGUGUAGGACUGCUUCGAAGAUGGAGAGUUGGAUAGAAGCUACACCAAGUUGUGUAGCAAGAGUAUGGUUUUCAGCUGGUUAGCGCACUUCGUUGCACCAUUCAAGACAACACCACCGUAAAAGAAAACUCCAUUUGCUGCGACAAGUCUCUGCCUGUGCAAUGCAAAAGCAAAGACAAUGGGCGUGCAGAGCCUGUUUCUCUUGAGCGAUACGGGUGAGGUUCUCUUUGAGAAGCAUGAGAGAGGCAGAGCGACGGACCGGGGCGUAUGCAGCUGGUACUGGACGGAGGUGGAAAAGUUCAAUGAGCAGAAAGAGGUGCCGCCACUCCUGGUCUCUCCAACAUACUACAUUACGCAUAUUGUCCGUGAUGGCAUCACUUUCCUCGCCUGCACUCAGGAGGAGACGCCGCCCCUGCUGUGCUUAGAAUUCCUGUACCGGGUCGCAAGCGUUCUCACAGAGUACCUGGGAAAACUCGACGAGGAUGCACUCAAAGAUCACUUCAUUACAGUUUACCAGCUUUUGGACGAGAUGAUGGACAGCGGCCUUCCUCUCACCACCGAGCCAAACAUCCUCAAGGGCCUCAUCCCCCCUCCCAGUCUUGUAGACCUGGUAGUUAACGCCCUGGUUCCGAGUAACCCGGCGUCUAACCCGCCUUCCCAGGGAGCAGCGGUUCCCUGGAGGGCCUCCGGGGUUAAGCACCCCAGUAACGAGAUCUACUUCGAUCUCGUGGAGGAACUAGAUAUUGCGAUCAACAGGGACGGCAGCACGAGCGACGGCGAGAUCUACGGCGAGGUUUUGGCCACGUCCCGGCUGUCCGGCAUGCCCACCGUCCUGGUGUCGUUCGGCGAGCCGGCGCUGUUUUCGGACGUCCGAUUCCACCCGUGCGUCAAAGUGAAGGCCUGGGAGGCGGACCGCGUGCUGACGUUCGUACCGCCAGAUGGGGCCUUCAAGCUCAUGUCUUACAGGGUUGAGGGCAUCCGGACCAGCCCGCUGUACGUCCGGCCGCAGUUUUCGUACAAGGACGGCGCGGGGCGCGUGACCGUGCUCCUCGGCGAGAAGAUGCCCAACAAGGUCGUGGACAGCAUCACUCUAGUUCUCCCGCUGCCACAGGCGGUGACGUCAGCCGAGCUGGCGGCCAACUGCGGGAGCGUACACUACGACGCUGCGUCCAAGACAUGCACGUGGCAGCUUGGCAAGGUCCCGGUCGACAAAGCCCCGUGCCUAAGCGGGAGGUUGACUCUAGAGCCGGGAUGCGACCGCCCAAGAGACUAUCCCCCGAUGCUUCUUGGCUGGCGGCUGGUCGGUACCGCUCUUUCAGGAGUACGGAUCGACGCGAUGAACAUCAUGCACGAAAGCUACAAGAGUUUCAAGGGUGUCAGGGCCCUUACAAGAGCCGGAAGCUACGAGAUCAGGGUUUGACCAUUUAGGACCAACCAGGCUCCGAGACUCGACCUAUUCGGGAUUGUAGAGCUUCGCGAUUAUACCAGGCAAUACGUUUGCCAUGAUGCAAACGGGCCUCCGUUGGCGCCCUGGCAUUUCUGGCGAUGCCAGCGCACUUGGCGUAAUGCAAUUAAAAUUGACCUUCAUCAAGCUAGUAGCGCUCGCUUCUGCAUCUUCGAUCGGAAGAGCCGCGCAGGAGCAUCAGCAGCUGCUCAGUCCUUGACCGAAUUGGUUGCCAGGUUAUGCAAGUAACGAUCAUGUUUGCGUUGCUCAGACUCAAAAGCUAUGAUUUGUUGUACUUGUCCUACUUUCCGAAAAGAUUGAUCGCCCU